UUAGCCUGAAGUCUCGUUCGGCGGUCAGUGUCUGUGUGUGUCCAGUGUGUAACAGUGUGUGUGUGUGUGAAGCAAGAUGGAGGGAUCCGAGUGUCCGCCUGUGACCGUGGAGGGGGACUGGACUCCGGCUCAGACCAAAGCCCUGAAGAACAAACUGCACAUUUACUUCCAGAGCAAGAAGAAGUCGAGCGGAGGAGACUGCCGGGUGGAGGCGGAGGAAGGAGCCCCGAGGGCGGCCGUUUACUUCAGCUCACCGGAGGUGAGAGAGCGAGUCCUCGCGAGGAAGAAUCAUGAGAUCAUCCUGGACAGUAAAACCAUCCAGUUGCGGCUGAGCUCAGAAGCAAGCCCAACAAGCAGCGGCCGUGUCUCAGGCUCAUCGUCAGACUCAGAGACGCCUCAGGCUGAACCUGGAGCUGCUGCUGCCAGCAAAGAGGACUCAGAGUCGUCUCAGAGCUGUGCAGUGGUUUUGGAAAACGUCACAGACAACAUGUCCACAGACCUGCUCUCCAUGCUGGUGGAGAACAUCUCUGGGUUGGAUGAGAACGGCUACAGCAUGGAGAGGAUCCUGGAAUCCAACAAAGCUGUGGUCACCUUCAGCAGCCCUGCAGAUGUGGAGAGAUUCCUGUCUGUAAGUCAGACCAGCACAAAGAUGAAGAAGCAUGGACUGACCGCUCGGCCCCGAAAGGUAGCAACAAACAUCCGAGUGGAGAGUCUUCCUCCGCCUGUGGUCAAAGACUCAGAGUCGUCUCAGAGCUGUGCAGUGGUUUUGGAAAACGUCACAGACAACAUGUCCACAGAUCUGCUCUCCAUGCUGGUGGAGAACAUCUGCAGGUUGGAUGAGAACGGCUACAGCAUGGAGAGGAUCCUGGAAUCCAACAAAGCUGUGGUCACCUUCAGCAGCCCUGCAGAUGUGGAGAGAUUCCUCUCUGUAAGUCAGACAAGCACAAAGAUGAAGAAACAAGGACUGAGCGCUCGGCCGCUGGAGGCAGCAACGAACAUCCGAGUGGAGAGUCUUCCUCCGACUGUGGUUAAAGACAUACUGGAGUUGUAUUUUGAGAAGACUUGGACUCAUCCCAAAAACAUCAUCAUGAUCCCAAAAGAAAAGGCUGCCAUCAUCACUUUCAGUGAUCCUAAAGUUGUGGAAAAGAUUUGCGUUAAAAAAGACCUUGAGUUGAAGUCUAUCACAGUGAAGGUAUAUCCAUACUACGAGUCACUGGGAACCGUCUUGUAUGGCAAAGAACGACCAACAUGGAAGAUGCCCGAGCCCUUCACAGAGCGUGUUCACCACGUUAUCUGGAAAUUCCUUGUGGAGAAGAAACUAUCAGAACACAUCAAUGAUCAGAUGCGUCCACAUUUCUGCAGAGUGGAUUUGAAUGGCCCCGACGUGAAACUCAGCCCUGUGCCGGAGUUUUUGAGGCAGCAAGAUCUGACUGCAGAACAUGUAAAUAACUGGAUGAAUAAGGCCCAAGAGGCCUUCCGUCGCCUGAUGUCUCAGUACACAGCAUUCAUAUGUCACGUAAAUGCACUUGGAUGGAGAGCUGCAGAGAAAGAUGUCCGUUCAGUUGUGAAGGAAGAUGCCAUCCUGGUGCUGGAUACAUCCAAAGGAUUCUGACUGUUGCUGGCCGAGCUGAUGAUAUAAAACGAAUCAGGGCUCCUGUGGAGAAGAUUCUUCUGAAAGCCAUGAGUCACAUUGAACGACAGACAAACAGCAUCUCUGAGGAAGUGAUUUUGCCCCCUGCAUGGUUCUACAUCCUGAAGCAGGAAGGGCUCCACAAAGCUGCUCUGGACAUUUCUCCUGAGAUGAAACUCUCUUAUGAUGAAGGCACUCAGAAAUUAACCAUUACAGGACUCACUGCAGAGUUCUACAAGACCAAGUCAUGGA